CCCAGUUUAUUUGCAAGUCAAAGCAGGGAAGCAGAUACGAAAGGAAAAUGUUACCAAUGGAUGUAAAUCAUCGCCGGACGCUUGCUGCGAAGCUUCUGUUUUAUGGGAUAUUCCUCAGCAACCACAUAAGUGAGGGUGUUUUCACAGGUCCAAAUGGAGACUGCACACCCAAGAAUACCCUCUUUAUCAGUAAUGAAACACUAACUCAACAAUAUUUUCCAUCACAAACUAUCUACCGAGAGGUCAACGGACCUAAACUCUGUUUCAACAUCCAGCCAAACAAUAGCCUUGCAGAUUGUUGUAGCGAAAACAAUUUCACCUGUAGCCUUAAAGUAAAAGGAGACGGACCAGGCAAAUACAUCCUAAAUGCAACUGAAGAGAUUUUAUCUAAGCAAGAUAUUGUGGUGAUGAAGAAGCCACAGUAUGAUUAUUCGUGUAUGCCAUCACAGGUCUACAACAAAAGCAGCCCUGGUUUUCUUUAUAACAUCAACCGCUGCUUGAAUGAAAGUUCCAAAAGCAUUAGAGUGAAUACUGACAGUUGUUUAGAUAAUGAAACCAAUACCAGAGUGGCUUGCAAAGAUGUAACAGAAACACACUACGUUAUCUUUGACAAUAAAACAUGUGUGUUAUGUAAGAAACCAGUCUUGAAAAGUCUAGACAAAGAGAUUAAUUAUACCCUGGAGAAAAUUCCUACCAGCCCAGACAAAGCAAAAGAUGCCAUGAAUGUUCUAUCAUGCUUGUUUAAAGAGCUGGGUAACGCCAGCACAGCAGCAGUGAAAAUGGGCAACAUUACAGGACUGAUUGCCAAACUGCCCCAGGAAAACCAAACCAACAUGAACUUUGUCUUCACAAAAAACUCUGGAGUAAAUUCUGUUGAAGAAGAAAACAGCAAUUCUUUGACGGGCCCAUUUCGUUUAAUGAAAAUUCCUAAAGAGGCCAGUAAAAUGGCGGUGGAGGGAAAUGGAUCAUUUCUUGGGAUUCUGCUCUUUCCAGAAAUGCAUGCGGAUGACAGCAGUAAAUACUAUUUAAACAGUGAGAUAGUGGGAAUAGAAAUGGGGGCAAAAAUACAAAACCUUUCACAACCCAUCGAGAUUCAGUACAGUAAUGUGGACAAGAAAGGAGCGAAUGCUUCUUGCAUGUCUUGGGAUGGAAACAGCACAGAUGCAAACGGGAAAUCACUCUGGAUCACAGAUGGCUGUCAAACAGUGGAGACCAAUAACAGCAUCACCUGCCAGUGCACACAUCUAACCUUUUUUGCCAUACUCAUGUCACCUACACCUGCAAACAUUAGCACUUCUGAUGUUAAUACUCUGACCUACAUCACUUCAAUCGGUUGUGGACUGUCGCUGUUUUUCUUGAUCGUCGGUCUCUUCAUGCACGUUCUCGUCAGAAAGGGGAAAGCAAGCGAAGCAACAAAGAUUCUGAUGAACCUCUUUGUCGCCAUGUUGAUCCUGAACUUGUCCUUCUUGACCAAUGAGAGCAUUUCAAACCUGGGUAUCAAAGGUGCAUGUGUGGCAAUAGCAGCAGUUCUGCACUACGGGAUGUUGGCCACUUUUACCUGGUUCUUCAUGCAGGCUUUACACUUGUACCUCAGUCUACGUCGAAUCUGCACUGAAGUGAAACAUUACAUGCUGAAGAUUUGCAUCACAGGAUGGGUCAUACCGGCUGUGGUGGUGAUCGCUCUUCUUGCCUCCCAGAAAUAUAAUUCUAUUAAUAUUAAUACAAAUGAGGGGAAAGCAGCAACAAUGUGCUGGAUCUCUGAUGCUGGUAUCCACCAGGGGGUCAACAUUGGUUAUUAUGCUGUAGUGUUCGUCUUCACUCUGAGUGUAUUCAUUCUAACUGUAAGGCAAAUCGUUCUAAUGCCAAAAGCAGGAAAGGCCCAAGACAAUAGUUCCAUUAAGAGCAAUACUUCCACCAUUCUGAGCCUGUUCCUCCUUCUUGGCAUCACCUGGGCUUUUGCUUUCUUCAGCUACGGACCUUUGCUCAUCGCUUCCUACUACAUCUUUACCAUCCUCAACUCCUUUCAAGGUUUCUUCCUGUUCAUCUACUAUUAUAAAUCCAGCAAGAUUAUUGGAGACGGCAAAAUCCACACACAAAGUAGCAGCACAGCUACAUCAAACACAGCUGUAACGUCUCCUUAUGCAUAAGGCUUGCUGUUUUACCAUAUUUUGACACAAGAGGGCAGCAUUUUAUUUCAUAUAGUUCCAGCAGGUUGCUCUGUGUAGAAACAACUUGGUCAUUCUUCCCAUGUGCUCUCCGCUGAAUGGCUUUUCUGACAUGAAAGCACUAACCCAGAUUACCUUCUUUGACGCAAAUACUCAUGUGGACUAGAGCUCGAGUCAGUACUCUGGAAGUCAUUUCAGAGCACGACUCUAUGUUUGUUCCCAUGCUUUUAUAUUUUAACAGACAAACUUGUCUUACUCACGCCAAAUAAUUCAUAGAAGGCUGUGAUUCAGUCAGAAUACGCAACCACAAUUGUAAACAUGUCAGGAUGUUAAGGUGUAAAAUGUUAAAGUGGGAAAGUGAAACAUGUCAAAGACAUAAGGACAUUUUCAAUUUGAUGGCAGUAACACCUCUCAAAAAGUUGGGACAGGGACAUGUUGACAACCCGCUUUCACGUC